AUGUCAUCUCAAGGUAUCCGCAUCGCUAUUGACCGCGGUGGCACAUUCACAGACGCCUGGGCUCAAGUCCCCGGCCGACAAGAGCACAUUGUCUUCAAGAUUCUGUCCGUCUGUCCAGAUGAAUACGACGACGCGCCUACAGAGUGUAUCCGACAAAUUCUAGAAAAUGCGCUAGAAACCACAAUACCAAAGGGUUCGCUACUGGACCUUGACCCCAUCGAGUCUAUCCGCAUGGGAACAACAGUCGCUACAAAUGCACUCCUUGAAAGAAAGGGUGAUCGCGUAGCUUUCCUCGCCACAAAGGGAUUCAGAGAUGUUCUCCUUAUCGGAAACCAGGCAAGACCAGACCUGUUUGAUUUGUCUGUCAGACGUCUCGAGCAACUCUACGAGACUGUCGUUGAGGUUGAUGAGCGUGUUACAAUUGAAGGUGCAAGCGAAGCACCUUCAAAUGGUCCAAUCGAUGUAUCUUCAGAUCCAGCUCUCUUCGUUGGUCAAACAGGCGAAGUUGUGAGGAUUAUGAAGAAGCCAGACCUUACCGCUGUGCGCGCCGACCUCGAAAACCUCAAAACCCAAGGCUUUAAGAACAUUGCUAUCGGUCUCAUGCACUCCUACACAUACCCCGACCACGAGCUACAAGUUGCCAAGCUCGCUGAAGAAAUGGGCUUCAAAGUUUCUGCCUCUUCGGUUCUCCAGUCCAUGGCCAAGUACGUGCCUCGAAGUCAAUCCGCGGUCGCAGAUGCAUACCUCACGCCAAUGACGUUUGCAUACCUGGAUGGUUUCAGAAAGAACUUUAAGGGUCAAUUGGAAGACGAGAGUGCUAAUAAACUUCUCAUCUGCCAGUCUGACGGUGGUCUUACAAGCUGGUCCAAGUUCACUGGACUAAGAGGUGUUCUCAGUGGACCUGCGGGAGGCGUCGUCGGUUUGGCCAGGACAUGCUACGAUGACGCCGACGGUACACCUGUUUUAGGCUUUGACAUGGGCGGUACAAGUACAGAUGUCGCUCGAUACUCUGGUGCUUUGGAACACAUAUUUGAGAGCACCAUUGCCGAAGUCACAAUCCAGACUCCCCAGCUUGACAUCAACACAGUCGCUGCAGGCGGUGGCUCCAUUUUGGCCUGGGAGAAUGGCCUUCUCAAAGUCGGACCAAGCAGCGCCGGCGCCAACCCUGGUCCUGCAUGCUACGGUCGCGGAGGUCCUUUGACAGUCACAGACGCCAACUUUCUCCUUGGCCGAAUCAUCCCCGACUUUUUCCCUCGACGAUUAGAUCGGGAGAUUGUCAGAGAAAAGUUCGCCGCUUUAACAGAGACAGUCAACAAGGAAAAGGAUGGUGGCGAACCUUUUACAUCCGAGACAUUGGCCCUUGGAUUUCUCUCUAUUGCCAACGCUACCAUGACUCGACCCAUUCGAACAUUGAGCGAAGGUCGUGGAUAUGGUGCUUCGAGUCAUAAUCUUGGAUCUUUUGGUGGUGCAGGUGGUCAACACGCUGUUUUCAUUGCUCGAGAUCUCGGGAUCAAGCGAGCCAUUAUCCCAUGUUACUCCAGUAUUCUUUCUGCCUACGGCAUGGCCCUCGCCGACGUCGUAGUAGAGAACCAAGAGCCCUCCGCUAUUACCUUUUCCGAACAGGUCGUCCCCGAGAUCAAGGCCCGUCUGGAGUCUCUCUCCUCCAAGGGUUCUCAAGGUCUUGAAUCGCAAGGCUUCGAUGCCGCGUCUACUCAGCAUGAGUACUUCCUCAACAUGCGCUACCAAGGAAGCGACACUUCUCUUAUGAUCUCUGUAUCAGAGAACGUCGCUGAAGCAGGUGUGGCUUUCACAGCGAGACAUACACAAGAGUUUGGCUUCUCCCAAUCUCGCAAUAUCCUGAUUGAUGACGUCCGUGUUCGAAGUGUAGGCAAGUCGCGCGUUCUCAACAUCUCGAGUCCUUUCGAGGAAUUGAAGAAGUACAAAUCCGACGGUCUGACUCCCGUUCCUACGCCCAUCUUUUCCCGAAAGAUCUUCUUUGAGACACACGGUUGGACAGAGACUCCUGUUUACGAGCUCAAGUCCAUGAGUCCUGGUGUACACAUCACAGGUCCAGCCAUGAUCAUCGACAAGACACAGACCAUCGUGGUAGACCACCUAAGCAAGGGAGUUAUUCUUCCAGAGCACGUCAUUCUCGAGGUCGACAAGGCAGAGAAGCAAAAUGUAGCAACUGAAACCGUCGAUCCUGUUACACUUAGUGUCUUUGGACAUCGCUUCAUGACUGUCGCUGAGCAGAUGGGUCACACCAUGGAAAAGACAUCCAUCUCUGUCAACAUCAAAGAGAGACUGGACUACUCAUGCGCCAUUUUCUCUGCCGACGGAGGCCUUGUGGCCAAUGCACCACACGUUCCCAGCCAUCUUGGCUCCAUGAGCACUGCCAUCGCAUACCAAGCAAAGCGAUACAAAGCCGGUGAGCUCAAGCCAGGUGAUGUUAUCAUCAGCAACCACCCUCAAGCAGGCGGUACCCAUCUCCCCGACAUCACCACCAUCACACCCGUUUUCGACGAUGAAGAGAAUCCCAAGGAAAUCAUCUUUUUCGUUGCCAACCGUGGUCAUCACGCCGAUAUUGGCGGAAUCGUCCCUGGUUCUAUGCCUCCCAACUCGACGGAACUCUGGCAAGAAGGUGCAGCUAUCGAGUCCUUCAAGAUGAUCGAUCAAGGCAUCUUUGACGAGGCCGGUCUUAUUAAGCACCUCUACGAAGACCCUGCUUCAUUCCCUGGUUGCAGUGGCACACGUACUCUUACAGAGAACAUUGCCGAUCUCAAAGCUGCUGUGGCUUCCAACCAGAAGGGUAUCGAGCUGAUUCGAUCUCUGAUUAAGGAGUUUACCUGGCCUGUUGUCCAGUUGUAUAUGCAUGCUAUCCAAGAUAACGCUGCGCAGUCUGUGAGGGAUCUACUGAAACAGAUUGCUGCCAAGUAUGAUGGUGUUCUUGAGGCAACCGAGUAUAAUGACGACGGUAUUCCAUUCAAGCUCAAGGUCACUAUUGACAAAGAGACUGGUGAAGCAGUGUUUGACUUUACUGGUACUGGUCCUGAGCACUCUGGUAACCUGAAUGCGCCUCCUACCUGCUCAUACUCUGUCAUCAUGUACUGUCUCCGAUCAAUGAUCAGCACCGACAUCCCCCUAAACCAAGGCUGUCUCAAACCCAUCAAAGUCAUCUGCCCCGACAACACCAUCCUCUCACCCUCCCCAACAGCAGCAACCGUAGGCUGUACAACCGAAACAUCCCAAAAGGUAGCCGAUCUCGUCCUUCGUGCGUUUAACGCAGCAGCCGCUUCCCAAGGAACAAUGAACAACCUCAGUUUCGGCUGCGGCGGCACAGACCCUGUUACAGGCGAAGUAACAAAAGGCUUCGGUUACUACGAGACUAUCUGCGGAGGCGCAGGUGCAGGAUUAGGAUGGCAUGGUGCCAGUGCAGUACACACUCACAUGACAAACACACGCAUCACAGACCCCGAAAUUCUCGAGAAGCGAUACCCCGUUAUUCUCCACGAAUUCUCCAUUCGUAAGGGAAGCGGCGGUGAUGGCAAGUGGCGCGGAGGAGAUGGUUGUGUUCGCGAGAUGGAAUUCCGCAUGCCUCUUCAAGUUUCUGUUCUUACCGAUCGAAGAGUUACGGCGCCGUAUGGACUUGAAGGAGGAGGUGAGGGACAGAGAGGACAGAAUAUCUGGGUUCGAAAAGACCCUGUUACGGGUGCUACAAGACAGGUUUCCCUAGGACCGAGAAAGACGUCGCAUUUCGGAGUGGGUGAUCGGGUGAUUAUUCUUACGCCUGGUGGUGGUGGUUAUGGAUCUGCUUUGGAGAAGGCGGAUGAAGAGGUUGUGAGGAAGGAUGCGAGAUCGCUUUUGACUAAUGGAAGUUUGGGUGUUAGACAUAGUAUCGCUACUGGUAAUUAG